AAAAAAAAACUUUUAAACUUUGAGAGGGAAAACUCUAUAUUACUUUAAUCGAUAUUGAAAACUUAAUGUGUAAUUUGUCAAAACAAAUAAAAAUAUUACAUCCUGUCUUAAUUGAUCGUUAGAGAUUGUAUGAUUCUUUUGUUAACACUUAUGAUCAUUUAGUUCUCAUAAUCAAUCUAGUAAUAAAACAGUUUUCCCUCUCUCUGGUAUUUCCAAAUUUUCUAAAAAAACUCAAUGCCUCACUUGCUUUUUUGGUUUGUUUUUAUUUCCUGUGAUUCUUUUGCUUGUUUAUUUUCUUCCAUGUGUUCGUUGCUUUGAUAUUGGACCUGGUGGAGGGGAUGAGAAGUCUGAUUUGUUAGGAGAUAGAGAAGACCAUCUGAUCCCAUCUGCUUCCCAGGGUGAAUCAACCGUCUUCUUCAACAAGAUGAAAGGUGACGUGACUAUUACUGCUAUCUUGAAGAAUUCAAAUCAGGACUCAGGAGAUGAGGGGAAAGAGGCUGUGUUCAGUCUUUAAAAGCCUAUGAGGUCUUUUGGUUUCCCGAAGAAGACUCAACCAAACCAGGACACGCAACAACUCUGUACAUAUGAAGACGAAGCGCACUAAACAGAUGAGAAGAACUGAAGAAGUCGGUUUUGUAGACUGAUAUGCUUAAACAUAAAAUGAUGUAUGAAGAGAUUGUUCCUGUGUUCGUCUCUGCAUCAGAUGGAAGAUAACAAUUCUCCCAAGGAUUACUAUAAGAUUCUGGAAGUUGAUUAUGAUUCAACUGAGGAGAUGCUCAAACUGAGUUAUCGGAAGCUUGCUUUGAAGUGGCAUCCUGAUAAGCACAAUGGUGAUACUAUGGCUACUUCAAAGUUUCAGGAGAUCAAUGAAGCUUAUAACGUGCUAAUGGAUCCUGAUUUACGUUUUGAGUAUGAUUUAACCGGAAUAUACGAGAUUCACAAGUAUACUUUGCGGGAGUAUCUGGCUAGGUUUAAGGGAAUGAUACUCACUUGCAAUGGACUAGGCAUCAGUCACUCCUCAUCACCAUGGACACAACAAUUGGCGGAAGGCAAUGUCACUACAGAUGAGCAAGGUUUCGAUCUGGCUUCUGUAUCAACUGAAACUGAAACUGAAACUGAAACAGAGCUUAAGUAACAUUUGAUCUUGAAACUCAAAUGGCAUUAUCAUUCGGUCUUCCACAAAUUUUGAUCAGGAGCUGUAAUACAGAGGUGUAUGCUUUUUAUGUCUACCCCCAUUCGACGAUAUAACAGCUUUUUCAGGAUGUUUAUGUUUUAGAAAUAUGAUGGUAUUACACAAUAAGAAGAAAACAUUGUGUCUAGUCAAUGCUUAACCUUCAUAGAUUUUGUGAGUUAGGCCUUUACUCUGUGUUUGUAUUAUAUGGGUUAUACUCAGUGAAGACUUCAAUCUUCGGAUA